ACUUCAUGCGUAGAUAAGAGGCGCUUCGAAAUUGUUUCUGGCAUAUCCCGCUUAGUCGGAAACUGUCUACCUUCGAUUAUUGUGGAAGUGUAUUUGAUUCGUGAAAGUUUGCUUUAAAUUUAUCUAUCGUCAUUCUGCUAGGCGCUGAAAUAAAUCAGGGACGCGAUUAUCGCAGUAUGACGGUGACAGAAGUCAACGGCACGACAAAUACAUCUACUAUCAAGAACGUAGAUGAAAAUAAAAAAAAGAGCGCAAUUGUAAACGUAGAAGAAUUGACAAAUCAAGAGGAUGAAAUUACUUUGGAAGAUUUGGCGCCAGAUGGUGGCUGGGGAUGGAUGAUUGCACUGGCAAUGAUAUUAAUUAUAUUUACUACAGUAGGUCCAGCAUCGUCAUUUAUCAUAAUCUUUGGCGAUUUUAUCGAAAAUUCUGGACAAGCGGGCAUGGCAACGAGCCUUUUUAAUUCCGUCUUUAUGGUCAAUUAUUCUUUUGCCAGUUUGCUCACCAAUACGUUGCUGAAGAGAUAUUCUUCAAGACAAGUGGGAAUUGUGGGUGCACUGUUCUUCUCGUUGUCUAACAUCGCCAUAGCUUUUUCCAGAAACAUAUACGACAUGGCUUUUAUCUGUUUUGUUCAAGGUUUUGGAAUGGGUUUGAUUAUUACAGUCACCAACACGGUUUUCAACUCGUACUUUGUGAAAAAAAGAGCAAAAGUGAUGUACGCGUCGCAAGUUAUCAUUGCAUUGGGCGGAAUUGUUUAUCCUAUGUUGUGCGAAAAGAUGUUGCUAUUGUAUGGUUUUCGUGGUACUGCGGCAAUUAUAGGCGCUGUAAGUCUCAAUAGCGUCGCUGGAAUGACAAUGAUGCAUCCCGUAGCAUGGCACGCCAAAAAGCCGGAAGAUGUUCGCGCGGAAAGAGCACGCGAGAAGGAACAAAAGUUUUGUCGAGAAUUCGCACUGUCGAAUCGUCGUUCAACUUUCGAUGUGAUCCAUUUAUCAUCCAAGACCAAAUGGAGCAGUCUUCGUAGUCUUAAGGAAGGAAAAGAUCCAGAAAUGCCAUUGUUGAGUGAAACUCUUAAGCCUUCUGCGCAAAGAGUCGCGUCAGCUUCAAUAAUCGAUAGCGGAAUCCGCGGAAGGGCAAAAUCCGGAUCUGUGUGGGAAAGUUUAUCGAGGCGUACGUCGGCUAUCUCGACUUCUAGCUUAGUUAAUUUGGCAACUCGCACUACUUGCACGCUGAGCGACAUACGGCAAAUUCUGGAAAAGAGGAACAGUGAGAGGUAUACAGAUAAAGAAAUUCAGGAGAAUGAAGAGAAGCAAGAUAAGGAAAUUCAGGAGAAGGAAGAGAAGCAAGAUAAAAAAUUUCAGGAGGAAGAAGAGAAGCAAGAUAAAAAAAUUCAGGAGAAGGAAGAGAAGCAAGAUAAAGAAAUUCAGGAAAAGGAAGAGAAACAAGACAACGAUAUUCAGGAGAAAGAAGAGAAACAAGAUGCUGAGAAAGAACAGAAGAUGACAAAGUUCAAAACCAUUUUAAAAGAACUAGUGGACAUAUCGCUGGUGAAAAAUAUCUGUUUCAUAAACUUGUGCUUUGGCGUGAGUUUUGUAUGCACUUCCGAUUAUGGUUUCUCUUCUCUUCUUCCUCUUAUGAUGACUAAUGUGGGAUACCCGAAAGCCUAUGCCGCAUUGAGCGUCACUAUCAGUGGAAUAGCCGAGUUGGUGUCAAAAGUUUUACUAUCAGUUUUUACAUUGAUUCUAAACGUAAAGUCAAAGUAUAUAUUCUUUGCCGCCACAAUUUUUAUGGGAUUUGCAAGAAUAGGUUUUCUGGUAUACGAACGUACACUUGAAGGCGCAUUGAUUACAAUAGCGAUAAUCGGCACCAUUCGAUCGUGGUUGCUGGUUCCGCAGCCACUAGUUAUCAUAGAAGAUGUCAGUAUAGAAAAAUUUGCCUCAGCAUAUGGCCUUUACUCUGUUAUCGGUUCAGUAGUUACGAUAAUUUUUGGUGCUCUCGUAGGAGUUAUUAAGGAUUGGACUGGUAGCUACGACAUAUACCAAAUUUCUCUACUAGUGUUAAAUAGUGCAUUUCUUAUACCUUGGGCUUUGCAAUUCAUCUUAGUAGACUACAGAAAAUGGCGGAAGCAACGUGCACAGGAAACCAGCACGACGAAGUCUGUCGGCCAUCAAUGGGAGUGAAGAGAUGUAAAACGUCUCGAGAAUUUAUUAUUGCUCCUUCUUGAAACGUUUAGUAUUUUUUAUUUUGUAUGUACAUUAAGCAUAUUGAUUUUUAUGUAUGUAGUUCUCUCUGUCAUUUAUUAAAAUUCAAUAUUUUGUAAUAAAAAAUUUUUUUUUACGUACAAAUAAAUAGUUUUAGAUAAAUCCAAUUUAAAUUUUUAUACGCGAAGUAUACGAAUCAUAGACUAAGGUAGACAGAGUUUAUACCGUUAUACUGGACAGGAAGUGAUGCUAAGAUUAGCGAUAAGGGGGGGGGAGACUACCAGCACAUCGGUUUGAUUCGGAAUUGUUCGGAAUCAUUCGGCUCUUAGCGGUCACUUCAAACUGCGUACAACAUCGUUGCAUUUUGUGAUUAUUUAAUUAUACAUUUUCGUGCUUUUUUAAAUAUUUUACAAUGAAUUAUUUCAUUGUCUGGGUGCAAUGAUCGAAGUAACUGCAAAAGAAAAAAUUGGAAGUAGCAAAAAAAAGAAAAAGAAACAGGAAACUUUUCAUUUUAUUUGUAAGUAGAAUAUAUCUAUUGGUUAAUUUUUUUAAGUUUGCAUGAAAUUUAUUAUUUAAUA